UCUUACAGAGUUUCGCUAGGCUGAUUAGUGACAGUGCUUAGAAGUUAGAGUUUAGAAGUUUUUAGUGUUUACCAUUAAGUACUCAACUUAUAUUUUGGUUGUACUUCGCACUUCCAAACAAUUAAUUAUUUUGGAAAUACAAAAAUAAAUGAACACAAUAUCUUUGAGCUGCUCCUGAAGAAUAGUAAAAAGCUACAUCCAGUUAUCCUGACAAUUGAUAUUUUAAUCACUAAGUAACUUAUUCUAGAAUUUGGAAUUAAAUUAGAUUGGCUCUGAUUUUUUUGAGCAUUUGUUAAUAUGACAAUGUAUCUAUAACAUAAGAGAGGAAAGCAAUAGUUUUCUUCUCUGCCAGUUCGGCGGCGGUGGUGGGUAUGGGCUCGGAGCGAGAGGACGCGCUCCGGCUGUACUGGGAACACUUCUUCAAAGCUGAGACUGGGACUUACGAGAAAUCAACAUGGCUCGAUUUGUUCUUGGCUGAGUUUAUCAUAAAACUGAAUAAUGGCAGUAACCCAAAGGAGUUAAUCAAUUUUUGUCCACUGAGCGGCGUGGUGUCUCUGGUGGGCUGCGAACUGCUGUGCGGCAUUCACCGGGUCACCUCCGCCAUCAACACACACUACACGCCGCCCGCUGCCGCUCAUGACUUGACACUACUCGCAGAUACAAACUCGGAAGAUGCAAGAGGACUUGUCGAGGGCGGGUCGUGUGACGUGUCCAGAGGGCACGGGGGGCUGCAGUCCGGAGAGAUCCUGCGCCAGUACCUGCUGGCUGGCCUCGCCUGGAGGUGCCUGCUGCUGCUCAAGGCGCUCGGAGUCGAGGGUCUUUCCUGUUGCCGGCAGCUGAGCUCGGUGCUGAUAUGGCUGUUCGGCGAGCUGACUGUGGCCGGCCCGAGCGUUACAACGCCCCGCGUUGCGCCUCGCGUCCCGCCCCUCGCGCGUUCUCCCGCACCCAUCCAUCAGCUCUUCUCAAACAGGAUAUGGUCAAAACCAAGAUCGGCAGUAGCAUCGCUUGCAACAGUGUCAAUCGCAAAAUCUCCAAACGUUCGGUCCAGAUUGUACACCCGCCAGGCCUGCGACACUGAAGUGCUGAACAAGUCAAGCUCAGGUAGUUCUUCAAACUCGGCCGACUCCGACGACGAUCUCCAAGUGUUGAACCGAUCCAUGACCAUGAAAGUGGGCUCCAAUAACGAUGACUUCAAUUAUUUCGACACUCCCGUCCGAUCUCUGGCCGAUUACCCGCAUGACACCUUCUAUGACCCUUUCCAUACACCGCGCAAAGCUAAACCAAAAGCUGAAGACUACAUGAAUGAGAAGCACAGAGAAAUCAUCAGUUCAGAAAUGAGUACGUUCGAAUUCACCCUUAUAAUUAUUGAUCUGCUGCAAGAAUUAUGUAAGGCUGAGAGCAGUCUGUCUGGCUCGGAGGGGUCGCAGAUAUCGAUGCAAUGCAUCAACUUCUCUCUCAAGAAUCUAUGCUCUCUGCAGUUUGGUUCCCUGCCUUCGCAAGCGGCCGCUUACGAGCCAUUGGAGCUAUCGAGAGUCAAAGUGGCUCUUACUGAACUUCUCAUUAUAUCUCUAAACCAGGUUCUGGUUCAUUCGGACCUCUGUACUAAGUUGAUUAACGUCGGAAUACUUCCUAUGCUGCUACGAAUUCUCGAAGACGUCGUGUGCAAGUUGACUGCCAAAUAUAAUACAAAAUCUGACAAGCAAAACAGACUUAACAUUAACCAGGAAAAAUCUCAUUCAUUAGAAUCGCGGAAUACGUUAAAAUUUAUAUUCGGAAUCGCUUACUCUAUUACUGCUUUCUUUCAUUGCUUACUCAUGCAGUGUCGUUCCGUGGAGAAGCUCAGGGAGUUCACUGAUCAGUUCAAACUUUACGGCGAUUGCUCAAAAGGCGGACUUCUCAAAGAAUGCAUUGGACUAAUGAUUCGCAUCCCUGACAUCGAUGGUGAAGAAAAAGUACUAUUGAUUAAGAAGUUGAUAGAGACUAUCGGGAAACUGAUAAGCGGAAUGAAGAGAGUUCGUAGCGAAGUGAUCCACUCGGCAGCCUGCCCCCGCAGCAGACACAAGGCUUGUCGUCAACGCGUGGGGGCCGGGAUGCAUCAUCAUCACGACAUCCUGGGCGAAGCCGGCACCGGCCUGCCGCUUCCCUCGGCCUGCUGCGUGUCAGUACUUUACGGGACUUUGACUUCUCUUCUACCUGACGAGGAGAUAUCAGCACACAAGAUGUUGAGAAACAAACUACUUCACGUUAUGUUAAAGUGCGGCGUGUGUUGCUGUUUCUCACCAAGCUACUUGAUGGAGAAUAUCGUGCGGCUGAUGUUGACGCGAAGCAGUGUGGCGGCGCUCUGUCUUCGUUUGCUGGAGCAUACGGUAUUCGGAGAUCUAGGUGCGAGUGUCCUAGUGCCCCGAGUGACCGAGCAGUUGCCUUGCUCUGUCUGCGAACAGAGUGACGAUAAUAGGAACCUGGGCAGGAAAUAUUGUGCACACGGCGUGAGCCCCAUGGAGCGAAAGAACGUUUGGUCCUUCCUUAUACACUACAACUCUUUGCUUCAACUGGACAAUCACACAAACGUACUACACGCGACAGUUUCACAUUUGCUCAAGGUGACCCCAAAAUGUCGCAUGGAGAUGAAGUACGAAUUGCUAUUUAGUGUUAUAUAUCCCACAUUUAUCGUAACUAAACACAGAUACAUGAUAAAACUAGAAGAAGCCGCUUACUUCUUGACGGUCUCCUGCUUAAACAUAUUUGCUAAUCUUUUGAACACGGUGCCGUUCGCCGAACAGUUUAUACAGAAAGGCGGAUUAAGUUACGUACUAGAAUUGAUAUCUUUUCCAGAAUUUUCUAAUCAAUGCUGUGCGAUUCUUGAAAUGGCCAUAAUUGUAGAAAUAUAUAAGCUGAACAAAGAGAACGUCGAGCUGGCGUACUGCAGAGAAAUCAACACACUGGCUUCGGUCCAGAUGCUGUUCAAAUCACUAUCGGAGGUGACAGAGAGGUAUUGCGGCAUGUACAGAGAGAGUAUAUUACCGGAGUUGUUCGAGGAGCUGUGCAAUAUAACUAAAGAAUGUGAAAUUCUGUCCGCAUCGCUCAACAGGAACUGGUCGAGUUCUGUAACGAAAGGGAAAGUUUCAAAAUCAGUUUCUGAGCUAGGCGACAUCAAUCGGGUGGAGUUGUUGAAGGGUGUAUGGACGUUCUGGAGCACGUGCGCGUCCCUAUGCGUGCGCAGCCAAUUGUUCUGUGAGCUGACGGCGCGGGAGCCGGUUUUUCUGGAGACGUUCCGGCUGCUCAAGCUGUUACUGCAGCAGGCGUGCGAGCCGCUGAGUGCCGCGGAAAAUAAGGUGUCGGUCAAGAUCGUGGAGGCGCUACUGACUGUCCACUUUGCCGUCUCCGAGACGACAUGCGGUGCGUCGCGGACGGCGUCCUGCGCGGCCGUACGCGGCGUGCUAUGUGCCCGCGCCGGCGGCCCGCGGUGGCGAGACGCGGCCGCCGGCCUACGGGCGUUUUGUGACGCACUCGCCGGCAUGGCGGCCCCCGCCCUGCGCCGCGACGUCGCGCCCCCUCUCGCAGCGCACAAGCCUGUAUCAGCAGCGAGCACAUACGUGUCGAGCGAUAGCUCGGCGGACUGCUCGGCGAGCGAGGAGAGCGCGUGUGGCCCGUACGCCAGCGACCACUCGGACGUGCAUGCCACGCUUGCGAGCCUGCCCGACGACGGAUAUGAGGCCGACGUGGAACUGAGCAAGCUGGACACCGGCAACAUGUUUAAAACGCGCAAGUUGUCCGACACUUCGAUAUUCACACACGUCACAGGAGACAAGUGUAUAGAAACGAUCAGUAAGGAAUGUCCGGAGUACGAGCGAAACGGAGAGCUGACGCACCCGGAGCUGUGUGUCGUCGUGAUCGAUAUCCUCACGCAGCUCAUCGACAAACUGCUGGAGGAGUCCAGCAAGGAUGUGGAGAAGAGCGCACUGUCGAGCAGCAUUGCGGAGAUACAGCGCGUGUGCGGCAGCGUGGCGCGGGCGUGUGCGGCUCGGCUCGCUCCCUCCCCCCCCGCGGGCUCGUGUCAGCCCCGCCCGCGUCUGCUGCACCGCCUGCUCGCUGGUGACUCACCCGCUGCGCGCCUGCUGUCUGUAGACGAUGACACGCAUGCAGAGCUUCAGCGCAGUAUUGUUGAGCUGGUGGUGAAGCUGGGCAGCGACAGUAUGGAGGCAUGUGAGCUGGCGGCUCUGCUGCGGGUGUGCAAUGCGGAGAGCGCGCCGCUCGGACCGUUGUUGGACGCCCUGGCGCGUCUGGGUGACGCACGCGUCCGCCGCCAGCCGCACGUGUCGCUCGACAUCUGCGUACCGCUGGCCGCGCCCGAGGAGAUGCAAUACGAGGAGAGUGCGGGGAGGCAGCUAGCGGAAGCUACGGCCCGGAGGCUGCACCACCAACACUCACGAGCAGGCGUGGUGUCUCCUUGGAGCGUGUGUGCGGCCCGCUGCGGCGUGGAGGCGGCCGGUUGGGCUCCCUGGCUGCAUGGCUUCUCUCUGCAUCUGAGCCUCGCGCUGACGUCACCGCACGAGAACAAACACGAAUGGCCAGACAGCGCGGAGCAACCGCAAGCAAAACAGAAAGAUCUGCCUGCAGGCGAGCUGCUUCACGUACUGUCCAUCGGUCAUGACUCGCUGGUGUUCGAACUGUGGGCCGCACCCGUCACCGGUGACAUUGUGGUGAAGCUGAGCCGGCCCGAGAGCGAGUCCAACCGCACGGUGUGCGCAGGGCGCGUGCGCGGGGCCUUGCCACCGGGCCAGUGGUCGGCUCUGGCGCUGCAGUUGGCGGACACGCUGCUGGAGCGACACAUGCACAUGCAGGUCACAGUUUAUGUUAACGGGCGAGAAAUAGAGACUUUAUCCCUACCCAUUCAAGGUAUCUUGGUCCGCAAGGCGACACCGUUCAGCGUGCUGUUGGGAGACGCGGCGCGGCCGAGCCCGCAGCGCGCCCGCGGCGGCGUGCGCGUGUGCGGCGUGCGAGUGUACCGCGCGCCCGCACUGAGCGGGCCGGUGGCGCUACACCUGGCCGCACACGCUCCCGACCUGCCCUGCCAGGUGCCAUGUGAAUCUGCAAAUUACGCCUCAGUUAUUACGCCGGAUCUACUCGAUACCAACAUUGAAUGGGAGCAGAUAUACGAAAUAUCGAGUAGCACACUACGCGAAGUGAACGAGAACCUACUAUUGACAUUCUCUGCAAGUUCACCCGACGUUAUCAAUCUAUAUCAUCCACCUUCGAAUCUACCCACAGGUGGUGGAGGUAGGUGGUGACGCUGAGCUGCAGGC